ACGUAUAACUGACACAGUAAAGCAGCAAGUGUCUGUGAGAACAACAACCAGAACGGUACGAGGGGAACGUUAUAUUAAAAAAAAAUCACAUUAAAAUAUAGUCAACAGACUCAAAUCACACGAUUCUCUCCAUUUCUCUGAAGGACUUUAUUGAAUUGAAACUAGCGAUGGCUGCUUCAACCAACAACGAGUUUAAACUCCUUUCCCACCAAGAUAAACGUGUUCAACUCGGCUCUGCUGUCACAUUCUCAUGUUGCCUGUUUCCUGAAAUCAGCGCUGUUGACAUGGUGAUCCGGUGGUUUAAGGGGACAGAUUGUGUUUGUCUCUAUAAGAACAGACAGAUGACAGAGGGGAGAGGCUACAAGGGCAGAGUGACUCUGUUCACCGAGGAGCUGGACAAAGGAAACAUCUCCUUACAGUUGAGAGAGAGCCGUGAAUCAGAUAUAGGACAUUACCUGUGUCAGGUGACGGAUGGAGAAAGAACGGGGAAGCUUACAAUAAGACUGUGGUGGCAUCCUCUUCAAAGCUUAAGCAGACUCUUUCAGUGUGGUGUCAUUCCGUAUGUUAACAUCCAGCAGUGGGGGAAAAAAUGGACAGAAGAGGAGAAAAUGAAAAUGGAAGAGUCUUCUUUGCUGACUGAAUAUAAUACAGAUGUUAAAAGCAUCAUGAAGGAACUUCUAAAGAAGCACAGUGCGCUAGAAAAAGCUGAGCAACAAUUGAAAAACACCCAGAUAGACCUAAACAGAGCAAGAGGAGAACAUGAGGAUGGUACAGAUCCAGACUCAUCCGGUUCUGUACCCAAAUUGGAGCCUCCAGUCAUGGAUGGAGCAUCAUCAAGUUCAAAUUCUUCACAGUUGAGGAUGGUGUUGCUGGGGAGGACGGGGUCUGGAAAGAGUGCAGCAGGAAACACCAUCCUGGGCACAGAGGAGAGAAACCAGGCUGCUACAGCUACAUCUCCAUUCACACAGCAGAGUAAGAGCAUACAGGGGGAGGUGGCUGGGAGGAAGGUGACUGUGGUGGACACUCCUGACUGGUUCUCUCCUGGACUCCCUCCGGAGAAGGUGAGGCAGGAUGUGGAACUCUGUGUCCAUCUGUCUGCUCCUGGACCCCAUGCCUUCCUCCUGGUCAUACCUGUAAAGCAGCCUACAGGAGAGGAGAGAGGGAUAAUGGAGAAAAUGGAGGAGAUUUUUGAAGAGAGAUGUUGGAGAAACACCAUGGUUAUUUUCACUGUUACUGAUGAACCUCAGAAGAAGAACAUAGAGGGGUUUAUCCAAUCAGGAGACCAGGAAGUCCAGAGACUUGUAGAGAAAUGUGGGAACAGGUUUCACUGUCUCAACAUUAAGGAGAUUGGAGAUAGGUCUCAGGUCUUAGAGCUGCUGGAGAAGAUAGAGCAGAUGGUAGAAGGAAGCGGGGAGAAAUUCUACAGCAGUGAGAUCUACCUGGAGACAGAGGCUGAGAUUGAAAAAAUGAUUAUGUGGGCUAUAGAAAAGAAGAUGGCAAAAGAAGAAAGCGAACUGGAAGUGAAACUAGAGCAGGAGGUCCAGAAUUCUCUGAAAAAGAUAGAAGGAAUGAUCCAGGAGCAUGAAAAAGAUAUCACACAGCUGAACAGUCAAAUAGCUGAUCUGGAAGGAAAAAUUAAUGAUGAAAUAGAUGAAGUGAAAAAAGAGAAGCUGAAAAGAGAACUGGAAGGAGAAAUGCAUAAGAAGACAAAGAUUGAAAAUAUAAUUAUGAUACUGAAUGAAAAGACAGAGUGGGAGAAGAAAGAGAUGGAGGAGAGACUCAGACAAAAGGUGGAUGAGAUAAGGAAGACCUAUGAAGGAGAGGCUGGAAUGGAGGCAGAGAGAAACUUUCUGAAGAUGAUACUUCCUGAGAUCCAGAGAAAUAUUUUGACCUCAAAAUCCAAGCAGGAGGAAGAUUUCAGAGGACAGAUAGCAGAGAAGGAUGGAGAGCUUGAUUUGCUGAAACAGACCCUGACACAGCUUAGAGAAGAGAUGAAAGAAUCCAUGUUGGGAAAAGAGGCUCAAGAAGAUUCUGGAGAAAUUGUUUCCCAAAACAAGUGUCAGAAACGGAGUGGGAGUAUAUGAUUACUGAGAAGUUCGCUUUGUUUUUAUACAUUCGUCAGGCUCCACUGAUUAAAUAAAAUGCUUAAAAAAACAAA